CAAAUAUCUUUCCUCUUGUCUUCUCAGUCAUAACUAACUAUAUAACGUUGUACUGCAUUUGAGCCCGUCUCCAUGUCUUCCUCCAUACUACAUCAGUGCCCGCACUGCGGGCAUACGUCUGAUAUAUCCAAUUCUCUCGCAGCCUUCAUUGAGAACCCCCACUGUAAACAGUGUGGUCUGUCUGCAUCCGAAAGCGAUCAGAAAAUGCAAGACGAUCUCGCAGAUUUGUUUGAUAGACAAAUGACUAUGGCACAACUGCACGACCCGAAUAAAGAUGAACUCACAUCGCCAUCUCUAGCGCCACCAAUCUCUUACUCCAUUACCCAGCACUAUCAUCACUCAGCCCACAAAGUCACCCCGAACGUUCCUAUUCAGGCCAGCAUUGAUGUUCUGAGGCAUUAUGGUCUUGAUCCAAGCACUAUGACACCCAGUCAAUUGAACCUCUUCGACAACGCCGACACGGAGCAGAGAGAGCGAUUAAUCCAAACAUGGCAACUCUAUUCACAGCUCUCACAGAAUACCCAAGAUCACGCGAUGCAUGAUUAUGUCAUGGAUGACAGUCAAGAUGGCAACCCUGACGCGGAACCCUACAUGAUAUCUGGCUAUGAGACCAUUGCCACUGGAGUCGCUCACUCUCUUCCGAGUAACCUCUCGAAUGCUCUCUCAGAUGACCUCCCAAAAGAGCCCACCACGGGAGAGCCAUACACUGGUUCAAAGGACCCUGUGUAUCAAGGCCAGCAAUGGUGGGAGUUGACGAAUGCUGGUCCAAUGGAAUCCCAUUACGGGGCAUUCGAACAAAUGAGGCGUUACUCUGGUUAUACUUAGGCUGUUUGAGAACUCUUGAAUAUACUUUGAACAAGAUAUCCGGGGCCACGCAUAACACGGCUCUUCGACCUCACUCUUUAGAAAAAUGAUGGGUUGAAAGAGACUGCGUGGCAGGGCAGCAGAAGCCCACCGCUUCGAUGGGUAGGAUUCCACGUGGAUGUCUUUAAGAUUACCUCUACCUAGAAAUGUCCAUGAGAGGAUGUG